AUGAAUUUUUUAAUCAUUUCUACUCUUGCACUAAUUACCUAUCUAACAUUGGAUAUCAUCUUUAACGAUUAUCUGUGGAGAAUGAACAUUGAUUUUACGAUAUUUCUACAGGAUAACUCAUUUCGAGGCGAGGAAUUCAUGUUCACAUUUUUUUCAUAUGUAAUUCAACUACCCAUAAUAAUGGGAGGAUUGCACUUAAUGUUAUCGAGCAAAAAGAUAGAAUCCAUUUUAUACAUCUUUAUAUGCAUAUUUGGAUUCACAAGCAAUGGACUAUUGAAAAAUGCUUAUCAUUAACCUAGACCGUAUUGGGUGGAAAACAAUAUAAAAGGGUAUAUAGAAUAAUUAUGAUUUUUCAGUAUUGGAUGCAAUAUGGAAUUUGGCAAGCCCUCUGGUCAUGCUCAAACUGCAGUCAUCAUAUAUUACUCAUACCUAUUCAUAUUUUAUCCUUCCACUUUUAUCGGAAACAAAUAGAAAGUCUCCGAUAAUCAGGCAAUAAGUAACGUCCAGGAGCCAUAACUUAAAAAAGGUUUAGCGAUAUUCCUCAAUAUCUUUGCCUUUUUCUGCAUAAUUAUGACUGGAUUAUCAAGAGUAUUCUUGGGAGUGCAUACAAUAGGAUAAGUUACUUUGGGAUGGAUAUACGGACUUUAUAUAGUUUUAAAUUAUCAGAUAUAUUGUCAUCGAUUUUUAUUGCAGUAUUAAUUCUUGAUAAUUCCAGGUACAUUAAAAAUCAAUUGCAAUUGAACGGUGAAGAACAUGUGCGAUUCUAAAGAUUGUCUGUUUCCAUAUCAGCCAUAUUCAUUCUUGUUAUUUUGACAGACUUAACCCUCCUGGAAUUGAACAGAAAAGUCUUUAACCAAGACGAAGAAGAGGUUACCAAAUGGUUGUUGAAGAUUACUGAAUGCAAACAAAAAGAGAUCGGAUAUUACACCAGAGAUCAUACCAAGGUCCUAUACAAUGCUUGUUUCACCAAUGGGACUCUGUUCACCUUCAUAUUUUCAUUCAUUCAAGGGUGCUUUUUCGGUCAAGGGAGCUUUAAUGAGGUGGAGUACUCCAAUUCUAUGAAGGACAAGACUCUAAAAUUCAAGUUGAUUAGAGUACUCUUCUAUAUACCUCUGGCGGUUCCGCUACCUCUAUUGGCGAUCUAAACAUAUAAUAUUUAUAUAACAGCUUUUCUCAUAGUAAUAUUGCAACUAAUUUUAGUUUAUCCCAGCCAUUUUUAUUCAAUGCUGGUACCUCACCAUUGUGUAUCCAAAUUUAUUGAAAAAAUUCAAUUAUCAUCUAAAGGGAGAGUUCUUGGAAUCAAAUACAGAUUAUUAUGAGUCAUUAUCUUAAACUUGAAGAAAAGGGAA